AUGAGCAGGCCCGACUUGAAGAAGCAGCUGUUUGCCCUGCCAGCCGACGAGGCCUGGGUGCACCCGGACCUAGACUGUCCCGUCUGCCGCGAGAAGAUGGCCUUUGUCGGAGCCUACACGCUCGACGGCGGCCUGACCACCGCGUCGGCUCACGCCCUCGCGGCGCUCCACAGCCACGGCAUGGAGGCGGCGAGCGUGCUGCCGUGCGGCCACGUCGUCGGGCGCGAGUGCCUCGACCAGAUCCUCGCGUCCCCCCUGCACAGCCGGUGUCCCUUCUGCCAGGCGAGCCUGCUGCACGGCUGCGACGCGGCCCUGGAGACGCUGCCGGCGCCCAUGGACCGCGUCCAGCUGCGCCGCUUCCCGGCCGUCGUCGUGCCCGAGGGCGGCUGGCCGCCCCGGCGCUGCUGUGCCUGCGCGUUCGACGACUGGCGCGUCCAGUGGGCUGAGGACGUCCUGCUCCUCCUCCUCGUGAUCUGCGGCGACCUCGUGCGGCCGCUGAUGACGACCUCGGAGUUCGUUCAGAGGGCCGGGAGGAAGAAGAUCAGAUCCGUCAAGCGGAAGAAUCUUGAUGAGUUGGGUGCGCACUACGCGGCGUAUCGACGGACGUCUUUGAAGAAGCUCGAGGACCUCAUGGCGGCUGCGCGGGUGAAGUUGCGCCACGUGGAAGAGGGGAUGGGCAUGACUUGGGCGUUGGACCUGUGGGCGUGA